AUGUCGAGCACAUUCCUUGAGGAGCAGUUCCGGUGCAGCGUCUGUCUGGACAUCUUCAAGAACCCAGCGUCCAUCCCUUGUGGCCAUAACUUCUGCCUGGGAUGCAUCAAGCACUACUGGGACACGAGGAGCAAAGCCGACUGUCCGCUGUGCAAGGAGACGUUCAAGAGCCGGCCCAAACUCUGCGUGAACCUGGCCUUCAGGGACCUCAUCGGCCAGAUCAAAAGGAUAUCCAAUAACCCCAUCAGGGAGAAGCCGCCCCCACGUCGCCGUCGCUCCAAGCAGAGCUCCAACUUGUACGAUGUGUUCUGUGAUGAGUGUGAGAAGGAGGGGCUGGAGCAGAGCCUGUCUGUGAAGUCCUGCCUGGUUUGCAGAGAGUCCUACUGCGAGAACCACUUGGUCCCACACCUCAGAGACCCCGUCAUGACCAAGCACAUGCUGACGGACCCUGGAACCUUCAUCUCCAGCCACACCUGCCGCAGACACAGCCGCCUGCUGGAGAUGUUCUGCCAGACCGACCAGCAGUUAGUGUGUUCCAAGUGCACGGAGCGAGAGCACAAGCAUCAUGAGGUCGUGUCCAUCGAGAAGGAGAGCCAGAGAGUCCUGAGUGAAAUGAAGAAAGCAGAGGUCGACUUCCAUCACCUGAUUAUGGCUCGGACCAAGAAGAUCCAAGACCUCAAGGAGAGUCUGGACCAGGGCAAAAAAGUGAAAGAAGAGGAGCUGCAGCGCAGUCUGCAGGUGCUGCAUGUGGUGAAAGUGGCCAUGGAGAGCCAGCAGGGGGCGCUGGUAGAGCAGUCUGAGGCCAAACAACUGGAGCUGGAGAAGAGACACGAGCAGCUGAACAAAAAACUGAACCUGGAACUGAACGAGCUCAACCGCAGACGAGGAGAAAUCCACCAACUGGAGCUGAUCGACGACCCACUGCACCUCAUCCAGAGUUUCCGGUCCCUCAUGGCGCCCGGCUUCACUCACGACGUGUCGCAGCUGAAGCUCCAGGUCGGAGGCUCGGUCAGCGCCGUCAGAGAGGCCUUCUCCAAGAUGGUGGACUUCUGCCUGGACGUGCAGACUCAGCUGACCAGAGAGGAGCUCAGCCUGAUGACGCAGUACGCAGUGGACGUGACCCUUGACCCCUGCACUGCGGCCGGGUGGCUUGUCCUGUCUGUGGAUGGAAAACAGGUGAGCGUGAACCCGCAGACUCGCCGCAGCUCUCUGUACGAUGAUCCCAAACGCUUCGACUCCUGUGUCUCAGUUCUGGGCAAACAGAGCUUCAGCUGCGGCCGACACUACUGGGUCGUGCAGGUGGGAGAUAAAACAGACUGGGACCUGGGCGUGGCCAAAGAGUCCAUAAACCGUAAGGGCGCCAUCACGGUGAGCCCGGACUGCGGCUUCUGGGCGAUCUGCCGGCGCAAGAGCGGCUGUCUGAGUGCGUGCACCAGCCCCUCGGUGCCGCUGCCCCUGAGGGAAACCCCGCAGCUCGUGGGCAUCUUCCUGGACCACACUGAGGGCCAGGUCUCCUUCUACGACGCCGAGAACAAAGUGCACAUCUACACCUUCAGCGGCUGCGCCUUCGCCGAGCCGCUGCACCCGUACUUCAACCCCUGUCUGCGGGACAACGGCAAGAACACGGGGCCCCUGGUCAUCAGCCCCGUGGAGGCCGUCAUCACCGGGGGGAGCGACUUCCUCUGA